UCAGUUCACUCGCCAGCAAAAUCCGAGCACUGCCUCCCCGAGCGCGCCUCUUCCCGCCGGCGCCGGCGACGCCAUGCCGCUUGCCCUUCCCUUCCUCCACCUCCUGCCCAACCCCGCCCCUUUCCAUCCCUUCCGGAUCCACCGCACCCAACAAUCCCACCCCCACCUCCCCCUCCGCACCCGACGCCCCUCGGCUGCGGCGGCGGCCGAAGCAGAGAACCCGUCCGCAUCGGUGGACGUCGAGAUGGUUCGCGGGCAGGACGGAGUGUGGACGGCGCGGUCCCCGACGGUUGUAGUCCUGUGGGACCUCGACAACAAGCCCCCGCGCGGGCCGCCGUUCCCGGCGGCGACUUCCCUCAUCGCCGCCGCCUCCCUCCUGGGCCGCGUCGUCUCCAUCUCUGCCUUCGCCAAUCGCCACGCCUUCUCCCACCUUCCCGCCUGGGUCGCCGCCGAGCGCCGCGACCGCCGCGCCCUGGACCGCGCUGAGCGCGCGGGGAGCGCCGCCCCUUCCGUGCCCUACUCGUGCGCCGUCUGCGGCCGUCGUUUCCCCACCCGCCCGGACCUAACCCGCCAUUUCCGCCAGCUCCACGAGCGGGAGCGCAACAAGAAGCUCUCCCGCCUCCGCUCCCUCAAGGGCAAAAAGCGGCAGAAGUACCGCGAGAGGUUCAUCACCGGCAACACCAAGUACGAGGACGCCGCACGGGAGCUCCUCACCCCCAAGGUCGGAUACGGGCUCGCCUCCGAGCUCCGUCGCGCGGGCGUCCAAGUCCGCACCGUCUCCGACAAGCCGCAGGCCGCGGACCACGCGCUCAAGCGCCAGGUGAAGCACUGUCUGGCCUGUGGCGUCGACUGGAUGGUGCUGGUCUCUGACGACUCUGAUUUUACCGAUACGGUGCGGAACGCACGCGCCGCCGACCUGAGGACUGUGGUGGUAGGGGACGGGUGCCGCAUGCUUGGCAAGGUUGCUGACAUUUGGUUGCCAUGGGACCGUGUCGAGAAUGGUGAGGUUGAUGAGGAGAUGCUGAGGAGUUGUACAUUUCCAGAGUUCGGAGAAGAUCAGGAAGAUGAGCAGGGUGAGGAGUUCAGAUUGGAUUGGGAUACCAGUGACUUGGACGAUGUUGUUGAUGAUAUUGUUGGAAUGAGAACCAGUUUGCAUGGGGCUGCGGCAAUAUCUGCAUUUGCUGAUGAGGAUAUUACAGAUGGUAUAUUUGGACUUGAAUUGAAGGGAGAUAGCAUGUUUUGGAGUAGUGAUGACGAGGAAGAGGAUGGUUACUUGUGAGGAUUGAGGAACACAUGGGUGUUAACAGCAAACUGGCAGGAGCUCUUCUGAGUUUAUGUACAAAGAAAGCAACGGGGGCUAACCCCCAACAGCGCCCAGGUGCUACUCAACCCCUUGUCUAGAAUGACAGGUCAAACACAAAGGGAGAAAAGACACCACAAAAGUUAAGAGAUAUGCCCUCCAAAGGCUCCCCUUCUCUGUUCUAGAUCCUCCUUGACGCGUUGCGCAACAUGGAGUGGUGGCUGAGCCUCGUUUUAAAAAAUCCUCCUAUUCCGUUCCUUCCAAAGAUUCCACAUGAUGUAGAUGCAAACACCGUUGAAAGCCCGCCAGUGGUCCUUUGGAACUGCCUUGGCCACUGCUUCCCACCAGUCCAAGGACUCCACUUGUUGAUGCGCCUUAGAAUACCUUAGGUGGUGGUGUUUCUUUUUCAGUUUGUGGUUUACAUCCCUGAGCGAGUUUUUUUUUCCGUUUUUGCGUGGUCGUGUAUCAUGGUUGUACAUGUUCAAACUUUUCUUCUUAAUGAAAAACGUGCUAUGCACAUCUU